UCGUCGCUCCCCCUCCCUGCCCUCGGCCUCCCGGGCUCCGGCUGCAGCGUCAGCCUCGGGCGGGCCUCCCUUGCGGCGGCGGCGGCGGCGGCGGCGGCUCCUCGGCCUCAGCCCCGGCGCCUCUCGGCGCCCCUUGGCCCCGGUCCGCAGCGACGCCCGCCCUCGCCGCCCCGGUGCCCGCCUAGGCCGCGGCCGCAGCCCCGGGCUCACGUCGGCGCCGCCCGCUCCCGGCCCGCCCCCUAUGGGCCCCGGUUAGAGGUGCCGCCGCCGCCGGCCCGCGGAGCCCCGAUGCUGGCCCGGAGGAAGCCGGUGCUGCCGGCGCUCACUAUCAACCCCACCAUCGCCGAGGGCCCGUCCCCCACCAGCGAGGGCGCCUCCGAAGCAAACUUGGUGGACCUCCAGAAGAAGCUAGCAGAGCUUGAACUCGACGAGCAGCAGAAGAAGCGUCUGGAAGCCUUCCUCACCCAGAAGGCCAAGGUCGGAGAGCUCAAGGACGAUGACUUCGAAAGGAUCUCGGAACUGGGGGCCGGGAACGGCGGGGUGGUCACCAAGGUCCAACACAGACCCUCUGGCCUCAUCAUGGCGAGAAAGCUGAUCCACCUGGAGAUCAAGCCGGCCAUCCGGAACCAGAUCAUCCGCGAGCUGCAGGUGCUGCACGAGUGUAACUCCCCGUACAUCGUGGGCUUCUACGGGGCCUUCUACAGCGACGGCGAGAUCAGCAUCUGCAUGGAGCACAUGGACGGCGGCUCUCUGGACCAGGUGUUGAAGGAAGCCAAGAGAAUUCCCGAGGAGAUCCUGGGGAAGGUCAGCAUCGCGGUUCUCCGGGGUUUGGCGUAUCUCCGGGAAAAGCACCAGAUCAUGCACCGAGAUGUGAAACCGUCCAACAUCCUCGUCAACUCCCGAGGGGAGAUCAAGCUGUGCGAUUUUGGGGUGAGCGGGCAGCUCAUCGACUCCAUGGCCAACUCCUUCGUGGGAACUCGGUCCUACAUGUCUCCAGAGCGGUUGCAGGGCACUCACUACUCGGUGCAGUCGGACAUCUGGAGCAUGGGCCUGUCCCUGGUGGAGCUGUCCAUCGGAAGGUACCCCAUCCCCCCGCCGGAUGCCAAGGAGCUAGAGGCCAUAUUUGGCCGGCCCAUGGUUGACGGGGCAGAAGGAGAGCCUCACAGCAUCUCACCACGGCCGAGACCCCCUGGACGCCCCAUCAGUGGCCACGGGACGGACAGCCGGCCGGCCAUGGCCAUCUUCGAGCUGCUGGACUACAUUGUGAAUGAGCCACCUCCCAAGCUGCCCAGCGGUGUCUUCACCCAGGACUUCCAGGAGUUUGUAAAUAAAUGCCUCAUUAAGAACCCAGCGGAGCGAGCCGACCUGAAGACGCUCACGAACCACACCUUCAUCAAGCGGUCCGAGGUGGAAGAAGUGGACUUCGCCGGCUGGUUGUGUAAAACGCUGCGGCUGAACCAGCCCAGCACGCCCACACGCACCGCCGUGUGACGGGGUCCCCCCGGCGCCCCGCUCUCCCCCGCCCGCCCGCCCGCCCGUCUCCGGGGAGGGCGGCCCUGCUCCUGGCGUCUUCUCAGACCUGCUUCCUUAGGUUCAAAACAAAACAGGGAAAGAAAAAGCAAACUGU